AUAUCAAUAAAUAAGCUUUCCUUGUACAUAUUUGUAGCUUAUCGGGGAUAUCAAAAAAUCAUAAUAGUUAAAACAAUACCUAUAAUUAUUAUGAAUUUAACAUUCUACAUGAUUAAUUUAGACUAAAAUAAAAAUCUCAGUUAAAUUUAGAAACGAGGGGAUUAAGUGGUGGUGAAGAAAGGACAGCAGAAUGGUAGGUUAUGUCGGUGGUGUGGACCGUGUGAUCAAUCUGAUCGUGGUUUGUGGAGACUGGAGAGGAGACUGGUAUUGUGCUGAUGGUCUUCGGUUGGGACAAGGAUUGUCUGCCCUUCCACUUCCGGUGUCCUUCCGUGUCCUCCUGUUUUGUGUGGUCACAGUUAAGCCAAGUUAACAUUUUAUAUUGUUUUUUUAUAGAGAUAAUAAGACAAAAAUGAAUAGUAAUAUAAAAUGUUGACGUGACUUAACCGUGACCAUACAAAUAAGAGGGCACGAGAGGGCAUUGGAAGUGGGAGGGUAGACAAUCCUUGUCCCUUCGGUUGAGUGGGGUGGGGUUUUCAAGCUACGCAUCAAAACACACCGUUUUACUUAAAUGACUUGACUCCUUUAAAAAGAAAAAAAAGAAAAAAAAGAAAAAAAAAAAACUUCUUCUCUCCAUCUCGGUUGCAGAAUACCAGAAGACCCACCAGAAGUCAGAACACGGUGCGGCCCCACUCUUCUUCUCCUCCACCACACUUGGUGGUCCACGGAGGUCCUUGCAGCCACUUGUUCGGGCUUCCGGAUGGUCCCAAGACCACCCAAGUCUCUUAGUAGAUGUUGUGACUAUUUCUGAGCCUCAACAGAUCAAGCUUCCAAAUUUCCAAGGAACUAGUCUUUGGCUGUUACUCUUCCCUUCGUUGAGUUCUGCACCUCAAUAUUGCUCAAGAACGUUUCACUAUUUCUUUGAUUUCUUGGAGUGCCCUUCACUCUUAACAUGGCACUGGGAGAGGGUUUUCUUGCGGCGUUUCUAAAGGUGCUGCUCAACAGGUUGACCUCCCGCGAGAUUCUCAACUACAUUGGAAACUUCCGGGGCGUCAGAAAGAAGCUGGACAAGUGGAGGGCCGUGUUAACUGCAAUAGGAGCGGUGCUCAGCGAUGCCGAGGAAAAACAACUCACUGAGGAUGCUGUGAAACUGUGGCUCGAUGAUCUCAGAGACUUGGCUUAUGAUGUCGAAGACAUGUUGGACAAAUUUGACACCCAAAUGUUGAAGCGCAUGAUAGAGGGACGUGAUCAAGCCCGCACAAGCAACAAGGUGCGGACCUCACUUUUCAAAAUUAAAUUCAAUAGGGAUAUGAACUCCGAAAUGAAGAAGAUUACGGAGCGGUUGCAAGACAUAUCUGAACGGAAAGAGAAGUUUGGCUUGAAAGAUACUGGGACGUCUGCUAAGGAAUCGCGAAGUCUACCAAGUUCAGAUGUGUUAGAUGAAAAGCUAGUUGUUGGAAGGGAUGGUGACAAAGGGGAGAUUAUUGAAUUGUUGUCAAGAAAAUACGAGCAUGAAGGUGCUGUCAAUUUUGGUGUAGUUGCUAUAGUUGGCAUGCCCGGAGUUGGGAAGAUGACACUUGCUCAACUUGUAUUCAACCACAAAGAUGAUGCCAUGAAGGAGUUUGAGCCUAAGGUGUGGGUAUCUGUGUCUGAUGACUUCAAUGUGGUGCGAGUGACAAAGGCAAUUCUUGAAUCCAUCACAUCCCGACCCGUUCAAAUGGAGGAGUUUAGUAAAAUUCAGCAUGAUUUGUGUGAGCAAUUAAGAGGAAAAAAGUUUUUAAUCGUGUUAGAUGAUAUCUGGAACAAAGGCGACUAUGAUCUACACGAUCUCUGGACAAGACUUAAAUCCCCUUUUGGCGUCGGAGCAGGAGGAAGUAAGAUUAUUGUGACAACCCGUGAUGUGCAUGUUGCAAGGACUAUGGGAGCCACGGGAGUUCAUAAUUUGGAAUGUAUGGCAGAUGAUGAUUGUUUGGAAAUAUUUGAGCGACAUGCAUUUGGGGAAGUUAAUAGUGUAAAACCAGUAAAUUAUGAGUUGAUUCGGACAAAAAUUGUUGAAAAAUGUUGUGGCUUACCAUUAGCUGCGAGGACUCUCGGUGGUCUCUUACUUUGCAAAGAAAAAGAUGAGUGGGGAGAAAUAUUGGACAACAAACUAUGGAAUCUUGCAGAUAACAGUAGCCUUCUCCCCGUACUAAAGUUGAGCUAUCACUAUCUUCCAUCACAUUUGAAGAGGUGUUUUGCCUACUGCUCAAUACUUCCAAAUGACUACGAAUUUUGGGAGAAGCGGCUCGUCCUUUUGUGGAUGGCAGAGGGUUUGAUUCAACAAAAACCUGAUGACAAUAAACAAAUGGAGGAUUUGGGCCGCGACUACUUUCGAGAGCUAUUAGCAAGGUCGCUGUUUCAAGAAUCAAGCAAAACCAAUUCAAGAUAUGUAAUGCAUGACCUCGUUAAUGAUUUAGCACAUUGGGCAGCAGGAGAAAUAUGUUUUAGGUUGGAAGAUAAGCAAGGUGAUAACUUGCAAAGCACUUGCUUUCAAAGGGCUCGCCAUUCGUCUUUCAUUGCUGGUGAAUUUGAUGGAGUUACGAGAUUUGAGGACUUCCCAAAAGCUGAACGCUUGCGAACAUUCCUGCCACUUUCACUUUCAGAUUCUGGUGGAUGGUACAAAUGUUUGUCUCGUAAGGUUACUUUUGAGCUAUUACCACAGUUGCAAUACUUACGAGUGCUCUCGUUCAAUUGCUACACAAUAACUGAGCUGCCAAAGUCAAUCGGUGAUUUGAGGUUGUUACAGUAUCUUGACCUUUCCUACACAGAUAUAACCUGUUUGCCUAAGUCAACAAGCACUCUUUACCACUUGCAAACAUUGAUAUUGGAAGGUUGUUCUAAAUUGAAGUCAUUGCCCACAAACAUGAGUAAUCUAAUUAAUUUGCGCCAUCUCAACAACUCAGGUGCAUAUUCGUUGGAAGGAAUGCCUUGGCAACUAGGUCGAUUGACGAAUCUACAAUCAUUGCCUCUUUUUGUGGUGAGCAAAGGUAGUGAUCAAUCAGGGAUAAGAGAGAUAGGGCCCCUAUUGCAUCUUCGAGGGACACUGUGCCUCUCAAGAUUGGAGAAUGUGACUGAUGUCAAGGAUGCCAGGAGGGCCAACUUGAAAUGCAAGGAGAGGCUUGAUUCGUUGGUCCUAAAAUGGUCUCAUUCAAGCGACACGAGAGAAACGGAAUCCGUUGUGCUUGACAUGUUAGAGCCUCAUACAAAGCUCAAGGAGCUCACCAUCAAGAGUUAUGCCGUAGAGGAAUUUUCAUCAUGGGUUGGAGGUCAUUUGUUCUCUAAUAUGGUGCUUGUGCGGUUAGAGGAAUGUAACAAUUGUUUAUCGGUGCCACCUCUCGGACAAUUGCCUCAUCUCAAAGAACUUUAUAUUAGAGGAAUGAAUGCAGUGGAAAGUGUUGGUGCUGAGUUUUAUGGCGAGUGUAUCUUGCCUUUUCCGCUGUUAGAGAUUCUUGAGUUUGUGGAUAUGUAGCAUUGGAAGGUGUGGCUUCCUUUCCAACUGGAUCACGAAAGUGCUUUUUUCCCUUGCCUGAAAAGGCUUUCAAUCAAACGAUGUUCAAAGUUGGAAGGUGAGCUGCCAGAGAAGCUCGAUUUGUUAGCCGAACUUGAAAUUGUUAAAUGUGAGGAAUUGGUGGUUUCGAUUGCCAACUACAAACAACUUCGUCAAAUAAAAAUUGACGGUUGUAAAGUGUUGGUACAUACAGAUGCUAAGGUUGAGUUUGAGUUAUUAGAGUCCUUGUGGCUUUCAAACAUUUCGGAGGUGACGUCUCUGCAAACAGGGGAAUUGUUCAGGAAGGGAUUAAGCAAGGUUAGAGAUUUGAAGAUCCAUGGAUGUGAGAAGCUGACGUCUUUAUGGAAGAAUGAGGAUGCUAAGGUUGAGUUUGAGUUAUUAGAGUCCUUGUGGCUUUCAAACAUUUCGGAGGUGACGUCUCUGCUAACAGGGGAAUUGUUCAGGAAGGGAUUAAGCAAGGUUAGAGAUUUGAAGAUCCAUGGAUGUGAGAAGUUGACGUCUUUAUGGAAGAAUGAGGCUAGAUUAUUGCAGCGGUUGACUUGUCUUGGCCGUUUGGAAAUUGAAGACAACUCUUGUCUAGUUGAAGAAUUGGGAAAAGAAGCAGAGGAGUUGAUGCAAUUGCAAAUAUUGGAGUGCAAGCUUGAAUUUCUGGAGUUAAACAAGUGCGAAAAUCUUUGGACGCUACCAAAAGGAUUAAAUCAGCUGUCGUCUCUUAAAGAGCUUCGCAUUCACGAAUGUUCACGUCUAGUUUCUUUCCCAGAUGUUGGUCUGCCACCUUCUCUUAAAGACAUUGAGAUUAUAUCGUGCGCUUCGUUGAUAUAUUUUGCAAAAUUCCAGAUUCCCCAAAAUCUAAGAAGAAUAGAUAUAAGAGAUUGCAAAAGUUUGAAAUCACUAGUAGAUGAGGAGGAAUGUGAACGACUGGGUUUAAUAGCACCGAACGGGUUCUUCAGCGACAACACCAAUCACUGCCUUGAAUAUAUUCUGAUCUCGAAUUGCCAAAAUCUGAAAUCCUUACCGGAUGGCUUAUGCCACCUCAGCAAUCUUCAAAAGCUAUAUAUUGAACUAUGUGGAAGUCUUGUUUCCAUCCCGAGACUGAGUGGGGGGAGAAGACCCUCCAACCUGAGAACGAUCUGGAUCAUCGGAUGCGACAAAUUGGAGGCGUUGCCCGAAAACAUGCACAAUCUCAACUCUCUUGAGGAUUUGAGCAUCGACUACCGUGAAGGUUUGACUUUUCCUCCCAACCUAACAUCACUUGAUCUUUGGAAGGUCAAGAGUUGUAAGUCAUUGUGGGAGUUGGAGUGGGGGUUGCACAGACUCACCUCUCUUAGAUACUUGUAUAUCGACAGUGAAGACCCGGAUACGGUGUCGUUUCCACCCGACAUGGUACGGAUGGAGACGCUCUUCCCCAAAUCUCUCACUAACCUCGCAAUAGGUGGCUUCCCGAAUCUAAAGAAACUGAGCAGCAAGGGCUUUCAAUUCCUCACCUCCCUUCAAUCUCUGAAACUCUUCCGUUGUCCAAAGCUAGCAUCUAUUCCAAAGGAGGGUCUGCCUCCUUCGCUAGAGGAACUUUGGAUCGAAGGGUGUCCAGUGCUAAAAGAGAGAUGUCAACCAGGAAAAGGACGCUACUGGCACAAAAUAUCCCACAUCCCUUACAUAAGGAUAGAUUAUAAGAAGAUAUGAAGCUGAUGGUCCAGGUAUCAUCUCUCGAGGAAUGUUUUAAUAUUAAUAUUAUUAUUAUUAAUAUCUCACAUCCCUUUCAUAAGCAUAGAUUGGGAGUUGAUAUGAAGCUGAUGGUCCAGGUAUCAUCUCUCAAGGAAUGUUUUAAUAUUAAUAUUAUUAUUAUUAUUAAUCAUCUUUAUUCUUGUAAAGUAAAGUAAUCCACAUAUUUUGGUUUGGGUCAAGGCUUUGGGGGUUGAGGAGUGGCUACUUUGGGAGGCCUUUCAAUUGGCGUCAACGGGGAUAUUUCUCCGCCAACGUUUCUUCUCCCAGAUUCCUAUAUUUGCUUCUUUCUUUCUUUUUUUUAUUGGUAAACGAUUGCUAUGUUUGCUUGGUCCCUUUUCAUUGAUUUGUAUUAUAACUUUAUAAAUGUGCUACUCUUUCUCCCAGCAAGAUUUUAAUCAGGCCACUUUAAUCUAAUCUUUUAUUUUAUUUUAGCAAAUUUUGACUUAUGAGCUAGUAAUGCAUUUUAUUUAAUGCAUCGAGAAUAAGCAAUCAACAAAGAAAUGGAAAUGUAAAGAGCUCGUUGCUCAAGUGGGUACAAGAGUGAUUUUACCCUUGGCCGUUUGUUAUGCACUUGCUAGAGGCUUGUGGAACGAUGACCACUAAAUGACUUCCUUUACUAUAACUUGUCUUCCUGAAAGUAGAAAAUACGUGCCAACGAAUUUUGGUCAAUCAAAUCCUUAUACCAAGCCUUCAUCACUUGUUCAAAAAAUGCAUUAUUCAUCUAAUUGAUAUGUGAUAAAUUGGUGAUGAUUAUGCAUUUUAACCGAGUUCUAAGGAAAAUUGAAGAUAGUAAUACAUCAGUACUAAAACUACAAAAUAUUACUGAAUUUGUAUACUUAUUACUUGGGUGCCCUCUGCCUUGCUGUGCUGAAUAACAAUGAGAAUAUAUUACUGAAUUCUAGCAGGAAAAAGGCAGGCCACUCUCAAAAUUUGGUGAAUGGGACGUCAAUGAUCCUGCUUCAGCUGAGGGGUUUACUGUGAUCUUUAACAAGGCUAGGGAUGAGAAGAAGACAGGUGGAAAACCGGAGUCACCAGGAAAGGUUGAUCCUAAUAUCAGGCAUGGAGGAGUGGAUACUGGCACUGGCACUGGCAGGCCUUCGUCU